AUGCUCACAGAGAGCGGGCUUAAGGUGACUGUGAGCUUUAAGGUGAAAGUGGCCUUUAAGGUGAGGUUGGACUUCAAGGUGAGAGUGGGCUUCAAGGUGAAGGUGGGCUUCAAGGUGAGAGUGGGCUUAAAGGUGAAGGUGGGCUUCAAGGUGAGAGCGAGCUUAAAGGUGAAGGUGGGCUUCAAGGUGAAGGUGGGUUUCAAGAAUAACACAUGGAAUGACGCGCCGAGUGACGGGUAUGAUUUGCCGGUAUAUGGACUUAACGAAGGACAUUUCUACACGCUCCAUAUCCCCGCACUAUCAUGUAUUUUCCUCAGUUUUGCUUCCGCAGUACUAACCAUGGUCCUCAGCUUCCGCCAAAAGUCUUAUAAAACCUUCUUCUCGCGGUCCAAAAGCGAGAGGUUUGUCGUAUACCUGGCAAUUUGUGACGCUGCGUUCAAUUUGGCGCAUAGCAUGGACCAUCUUCAUAUUCUUAUUACGGAAGAUCACGUAUAUCCCAAAGAAUUGUGUGAGUUCUAUGGUUUUAUGCUGGCCGAGUUUAUAACAGCUCAAAACCUGAUGGUUAAUAUAAUUGCUGUCAAUGCAUUUGUGUUGAUAUUUCUUCACAAGCAGAUUGACUUUGGUAUUAAGGAUUAUCGCUUGUUACUUUGGACAUUUGGAACUCCUUUUGUAUGUGCCACAGUUGCAGGAAUCGCAGGGCAGCUUGGACCCAAUGGAUCAUUCUGCUAUUUUGACGGAGUGAAGGGGACAGUGGCGAACUUCCUCUUUACCACUGUACCUCUAACAAUCAUCCUUAUCCUAAACUCCGUACUAUACAGCAUGACACUCAGAAAUAUAUACCUUAAAGAGAAAGAACUGAAAAAGACGUUAGGCAAGCAGACGAUGACCACGAAAAUGAGGCACGCGGCUGCGCGUGCAAUGUCUGUAUUUGUGCUUGUAUUUCUCAUCCAGUGGUGGGCUAUGGCUGUUUAUGGACUCUGGUCCUUUAUAGAACCAGAAGCUGUUCCAGCCCCGAUUUAUCACUUAGUAACAACUUUUUCAAAUGUCGGAGGAAUUUUAAAUUUCGGUGUUUACCUAUACAUCAGAAGACGAUUGCUUCCCUUUCAGACACCUAGAGUACAAUCUUCGAUUCGCCGGGAAGAAUUUUCUGGGCCGGUGCACUUGUAAUUAACUAUCAGAUUAUUGUACAUUUAACA